GACCCUUUGUGCAUACUGCUUGUGCCUCGAGAAAGAAGUCGAAGCUAACCGGGCCUUACAGAAGAUCCCCACAAAAACCCUUAUGUUAAACUCUUAUUUUUUCAUCAGUAGCAAAGCAGAAAAGGGCUCCGAGUCAGCUCUAAUAAUCUCAAAGACUCAAGCAGCAAAACAUGUCAGUGACGCUUCAUACAAACCUAGGCGAUAUCAAGUGCGAAAUCUUCUGUGACGAAGUCCCUAGAACUGCUGAGAACUUCUUGGCAUUAUGCGCAAGUGGUUAUUAUGAUGGGACAAUAUUUCACAGAAAUAUAAAGGGUUUCAUGAUCCAAGGUGGUGACCCAACAGGUACAGGAAAAGGCGGGACAAGUAUUUGGGGAAAAAAAGUCAAUGACGAGAUACGGGAGUCUCUCAAGCACAAUGCAAGAGGGAUAUUGUCAAUGGCCAACAGUGGCCCUAAUACCAACGGGAGCCAGUUUUUCAUGACAUAUGCCAAGCAACCACAUCUUAAUGGAUUGUACACCAUCUUCGGGAAAGUGAUACAUGGAUUUGAGGUCCUUGAUAUUAUGGAAAAGACUCCAACAGGACAAGGUGAUAAGCCCCUUGCCGAAAUCAGGCUCAACCGGGUGACCAUACAUGCUAAUCCACUUGCUGGCUGAUGUUAUUUUGAAAGCAUGGUAUGGCAGCAUGUGUAAUCUCAUUGUUGGACAUGUCGAUCAUGGUGAUUACUUAGUAUCAUUGCUAUGGUCAACCUUCAUCACCGACAAAUUUACUGGUAGAUAGGGAGUAGUUAAUACGGGAUAUGGUAGUAGUAAUGAAGCAUCCAUUGCUUGUACUAGAUUAGCUGCAGAAGUGUUAUUUUCUUGAAAAUACAAUCUUGAUAUCUCCAAAUAGCAAUAUCUAACUGAAGCCUUGAAUUGGUUCACUAGAUUUACAUGUUUACUGUUUACAUUACAAAGGCCUAAUGUAUCUCAAGUAAUCAUGUAUCUUGGUAUGAAAUAUGAGAACGACCAGUGCAAAUCUAGUUGGAUGCUAAUGGUGAAAUAUGAAAAGAUUUAAGAUUUAUGGAAUGUAAAUCAGGAAUAGUUAACGUGGGUUAUACUUUUGAA